CGCUGGCCGAACGCGGGCCGGAGCCGUUGGUUGACAGUUGCCCGGUCUCGCGCGUCAGAGAGAGGGCCCAGGCCUGAGCCUGAGGCGGACCCACAGCCCGAGCCCCUUCACCGGCCGCUCCGUCAUUGGAUUUUCACCCGUUCACCGGAUCCUUCCUAACGAUUCGCCGAGUUGGCAGGUGAUAACAGCAGCCUGGAUGAGCACCCUGCUGAAGCUGCUCCGAUCUGUGCCAGUCCUUAGCUCAAGAGCAGUGAUAAUGACCUCGGCAACUCAUGCCAUGGAUGGGCCAGUGAUGAGUGCCAUUCACCUAAAGCUGGAGCAGAGACUGACACCCACACACUUGCAGGUCAUCAAUGAGAGCUACAUGCAUGCGGUGCCUCCUGGCUCAGAGACCCACUUUAAGGUGGUGGUGGUGAGUGAGAGAUUUGAAGGGAUACCUUUGCUCCAGAGACACCGGAUGGUCAAUGACAUUCUGAAGGAGGAGCUGGCAACCAGGAUCCACGCCCUUUCAGUCCAGGCCAAGACACCCCGGCAGUGGGGAGCUGAGCCUCACUUCGACAGGAGCCCGGCCUGUCUGGGAGGGUCCAAACAUGACCCAAAUGUGGCAGUCAAACUGGAAGCACUUUCAAAAGACUGAGGGGCUCUGAGGAGGUUAUGCAGGCCCCAGGACAAAAGGACUGAUUCAGACAGGAGUCACUGUCAUAUUAAACACCGCUGGAAUGUUCCAACAAGGCAAGACUUUGGUCAUGUGCUGCUUUAAAUAUGGCAACUGAUCAAGAAAAUAAAUUUGUUUGCCUUGCAAUUUCAA